CCGCGCGCGCUGAGCUGCAACACGUGCGGCGGCAGCUUCGCGGACAAACAGGCGCACCGGGACCACUUCAAGUCCGAGUGGCACCGCCACAACCUCAGCCUCAAACUCGAGCACCGGCCGCCAGUCGACGAGCGGACGUUCUGCGAGGAGGUCGCGCUGGCGGAGGCC